CAUGUAAGUAUCAAAUAGAAUAGACUUUAAAAGAAAAAAUUAUUAUUUAGGAACAAGGAAGGCUAUCACAUACUAUAUCAGAAAAGCAGAAGCAACUAAAGACAACAAAUAUCAGCAAUAUAGCCUUAAAAUAUUAGGUUGAGCCAUAUAAAAUUGUCAAUAUUUGACUGACCUCCAAAAGCAGUAAUUUCAUAUAAAGUGAAAGUCAAUAGAAUUAUGAAAAAUUAAAUUUCGUAAAGUGUUAUUUUAACAUGCAUCUGUUACAAACUGGUUGAUCAAGUGACCAAAUAAUUAAUAAUGAGCAAUAUUGAGCAACAUGAUUAAGACGCUUUAUAAAAUCCACAUAUUUAGAAUUUUAUCUCAACUCUUAAAUAAUCUGCAUUCUUUUCAAGAAACAUUUCAAAACUUGAACACAUACUAGGCCAUAAAGGAUAUCUCAGUAACUAUCAAAGAAGUGACAAAACAUAUGGACUAUAUUCUUUGACCCUCAAUACAAUAAAAUGAGAACUCAAUACCCUCCUCCCAAAAUAGCCCAAAAUACUUUUGUAUAUUUGGAAACUAAAAGUGGUUCUAAAUCAUUCAUAAGUCAUGAUAGAAAUUAGAAAUGAUGCCAACCUGGUUUAUCAUGAUCUGAUUUCCCCAUAUUAUUCAGUCAGUGUAAUUUAACAUCUGGUAAUGCCAGGCAAACUAAUAUUGCAGACUUCAGGAACAAAACAAAAAAAACUGAGUUUUCAGUGGGGAAAAAAAACUAUAAAGCCUUAUUUUACCUAUUUGCCCAUAAAUUUUGUGUCUGGAUUUUAUUCAGUAUCCUCUCCAUUUUCUUCCCCAGGGCUCAUCUCAGAAGUGCCCCCUCUUUCUUCACCGUUGAAAAGCCCACAGGCACAUCACCACCGUGUGGAGUGCUUCUCAUGUGGCCCUGAGGCCCGCACCAUCCAAGGCUCUUCUGAAAACACCUGCACACUGUGGGCUACUGAGGGAAGCGCCCUGGGGAUAUGUGGGGAGACGACAGAAUGGCCCCUCACAACACCAGCUGCUUUCAUUUCCCACGAGUUCCCCAUGAGAGGAAGAAGGAGAACAAGAAGCAUGAAGAGCCGCCUGAAGGCCUGGCCCAGCCUCAUGGUCAGCUGCUGGAGAAGGGCGAGGGUGUCCACAUCCCUGAGGACAGAACAGAGGACACAGGAGGUGACCAGUCUACUGAGGAAGGCCCUCCCAGCAAAACAGAAGCACGAAAAGAUGCCAAAGGAACAGACCUGAAGCUGCCGACCCCCCUGGGACCUGUGUAUCCACGGUUCAUCUCGAGUCCGAGCUCCAAAGCUGUGGGACGAAGCUGGCAACUGUCUCCUCCCGCAGCAAAGAACUUCCAAAUACACGAUCAGGGCCCUUUCCGGGACCUCCUGGACAUGAAGACGGAGAAGAGACUGGCCGGCUGGAAGGAGCGUCGCAGUCGCUACGGGGACAUCAACAUGCACAAAUGCUAUCAGCUCGGGCAGGUCUUCACCCCUUUCCGGGCCCUCGCCACCAUGGAGAUGCGAAGGCUGGUAUUUCCCCAACACCUGCCCAUGAGUUUGCACAUGCGCAAAAUGGGCAUCUCGUGCACCGACGAAAGGACUCUCCGAGACUUGCCUUUGUCUUCCACAGAGCUGGGCUGGGGAAUGGAUGACAACACCCAUGAGAAAGAGAAACCAGCGGGCCAUGUUAGAACACCUUUAUUCCCCCCAAUAGUUAAAGCGGCAAAAUUUAAAAACAUGAAAAAAUAAAAAUUACAU